AUGGCAUUAUACUUCCCUUUUUACUCAGUAGAGUCCGUAUUUAAACACGAGGUGAAGCCCGAUUGUGCUUCUUCUGAGAAGGAAUGUUCUUUUGACUUUCACGUGAAUUAUAUUACGAGUAUGGUCUCUUACAACUUGUCGACUGGUGAAGGAUAUCCUGUUUUUAUACGAAAUGGAACUUUUUUCAAGAAAUGUUCCAAUGGUAUUGUGUCUAUAGCCCGUCCUUGUGCUGAGAUUCCAUUGUAACACGAAGAAAUGGAAGAUGUCGUAACAGCAGAUGGAAACUAUAAAUUCAUGUAUUCCAUAAACAACCAAAUCCCGGCCCCAACAAUUGUUGUAUAUGAGAAUCAAAAAGUGAAAGUUCGUAUUCACAAUGACCUUGUGAAUGAAGCUGUGACCUUUCACUGGCACGGAAUGUUCCAGAAGGAAACACCAUGGAUGGAUGGCGUCUCUAUGUUAACUCAGUGUCCCAUACUUCCGGGGCAGACCUUUACUUAUGAGUUCAUAGCUAGUCCACGAGGAACACAUUGGUACCAUUCACAUCAUGGAGCGAUGAGAACUUCCGGUCUAGCUGGUGCCCUCAUUGUACUUCCCCGACAGAAAACGGGGGUAAAAGAGAUUUUCUUUUCCAGUGUAGAACAUUGCACGUUAAGAGUCUGUAGCAAAACACAUGAAAAACACCACGAGGCAUAAAUUGCCAACGAUAUUGUUCUUAUGGUACAAGAAUGGAAUUCUAAGAUGAGUGAUGUACAACUUGUCAACAUCCAGGAGUGGUAUAUGCUAUCAUUCUCACAAAACCUUGAUACGGAUAAUUGUGUGACAACAAAACGAAACUAUGACGGAACUAUAUCAACUUUGGCAGAACCCUACAAUAAUGCACUUGUGAACGGUAAAACUAGAUAUUUUUCUGAGCAAUACUCUGAGAGGCAGCGUUUGUUGCCACUGGAAGUUUUCAACAUCUCAUCCAAUACUUAUUAUAGAUUCCGUCUGAUAAACUCUGGUAUGACAGGCAGCUUUAGAAUCUCAAUAGACAGCCACAAGCUUUUCCUAAUUGCAUCGGACGGUGCUGAUCUUGUCCCUGUUCAGAUCGACUUCCUUAUUAUUAACCCUGGGGAAACUUAUGACGUCAUUCUGUACGCCAAUUCCACAGCAGGAAACUACUGGAUACGAUCGCGAGUAGAAACAACGGCGGUCAUGGAUGUACAUUUUAAUCCAAUACAACAAAAUGAAAGCUUUGCACAGCUUCACUACAAAGAAGCAGACGCUGAACUUCCGAAAUCAGAAGAGAGAAAAUGCUCCGUAAUAGAGCCCUGUGUAAUGGCCAACUGCCCCUGGAGUCCUGAUAGCAUGGUAAGGAUAGAACCAUCUGUCAAGUGUCUUUCCAUAGCAGACCUUAAGGCGUCAUCGAUCAGCAGGACAUUCAACCCUGUCUCCAUUCCAGAUUCUCCAGAUGAUUUCCAAGAGAUUUUUCCCAAUUUUCAUUUUACGGGGAGUGAUGUUAAGCGUGCCCGCCCAGCAGUGAAUGCAAUCCAUUACAAAUCCCCACCAACUCCACUUCUGAUUUCUCCAGAUAUUGUAAAAGACAAGAGUAUUGUAUGUAACAACGAACACAUGGAGAACUGUGGUGAAUACUGCCGAUGCACUCACGUCGUUAAACUUGAAACCAAGAAAACCACACAACUUGUUCUUAUUGCAGAAAAUGGCUUACAGACAGGAACUUCACAUCCCGUUCACAUACACGGAAAUCGUUUCCAAGUUCUGAAAAUUGGUCAUGCAGUUUUAAACAAAACAACUGGAUUUGUACAAGAUGCAAACCAAGACAUUCAAUUAUCGGAUAACUUCAGCAAAGCAAAAUGGCGGGAUUCAAGCUGGAAGAAUGGUAACGUUCCAGAUCUAAACAUAGAAAAUCCUCCACUCAAGGAUACGGUGGUGGUACCAAACAGAGGCUACGUUGUAGUAAGGCUACAAACUGACAACCCAGGAUUUUGGCUUCUUCAUUGUCACCUUGACACCCAAAUGAACAUCGGAAUGGCUGUAGUUCUGCAAGUAGGCGAGCCAAAUGAUAUGCCAGAAGUUUCCUCACAUUUUCCAAAAUGUUCGAACUUCAAUGUAAACUCGAUUUCUUUACCUUCAUCUAAUUCAGUUAAACACGGUGGGAAUCUUUAGAAGAUACAAGGAUUUUUUCAGCAACUAGCCUUUUAUGGUACAUCAGAACGUAAAAUUGGUAGCAAGCAAAAUGAAGAUGUAAGAUUUAU